CUUCGACCUACAAUUUAACGAAUUCAGUAGUAGCAAGAUUCGAGAAACGAUUAAAAUCGAUAGACGUCGAUGCGAUACGUCCGGUCGCGAAUAAAGUUAAUUUUCGUACUGGCGACUGCAACUACAUAGCCACUUUGUUGGUUGACGACAUCGCAGUAAUUUGUAUUGUCCGAGUCGUCUAAUAUCGGGUAACAGUUUAGCACGACUCUUGACGAUAACUCGCUGACGGAGUGAACAGACCGCAACAAUUGAAUCGUUUGACCCGUGUUAAUUGGCAAGUUACGGCAUCGCGAAUGAGAGAAGUUGACCAGAGGAGGAAUCGGUGUUCGCGUUAGUCUACAAUCUCGUUCGUUGGCUUCACGGAAUCUCGUGGUUGGUGCGAAGGUUUGCCGUUUCGCAUCCUCGACGGGGAUAAAAGUAUAAACGCGGAAGUGGAGCGUCAAGCGACGUUCGCGCGGCUUCGGCUCGAGACUGAGAUUCGAUAGAGUUUCGCGAUCGACAUCGAAAUCGUGUUAAUAAACGUGUCUUGACCGCAUUGGAUGAACGACAAACUAUGGUGACGAAUCGUGAAAUCGACGUGAAAAUCUUGACGAUAAACGCGAAAAACGACCACGAGGAUGGAACGGCGAACAUCGAAAGGGCGAUAUCGGCGACAGGGUACGGAACGUUCAACGUGUUGUUGCUUCUGGCAGCAUUGCCGGUCGCGUGGACCGGGAUCUUUGACACCACCACGACAGCCUUCAUUCUCGCUUCCGCCGAGUGUGACCUCCAACUUACUUUCUUCCGCAAGGGCGUUCUCGUUGCGUUCCCCUUUCUAGGAAUGGUGUUGACUAGUUUCAUAUGGGAUUACCUGACGCCGUACGUUGGAACGAGAAACCUGUUCAUUUUCGCGUUGUUCGCGGAUUCCAUUCUAAAUGUGCUAUCCAGCGCUGUCGACAAUUAUUACCUCUUUCUGGCAAUGAAAUUUCUUAGCGGUGUUUUGACGGGUGGACCGUUCUCGAUGGUGAUCGCCUAUUUGUCUGAGUUUCAUUCGGCAAAAUAUAAAGAAAGCUUCGCCAGAUGGGCAGGACUGGCUGUAAACGCGGCGAUCAUCGUCCCCGCGGCUAUCGGCUUUGUGAUUCUACCCUGGUCUCUUAACGUCGACGUCUUCUACCGACGAUACACCAGCUGGCGAAUCUAUCUGCUGAUAUGUUCGACUGUUCCGGUGUUAGGCCUGGUGACAGCAAGCGCGCUACCGCAAACACCCAAGUACCUGAUGGACAUCGGUAAACCCGAGGAAGCUAUGAAACUGCUCCGCAGAAUGUACUGCAUCAACAAGAGAAAGCCGGCAAACACGUUUCCGAUAAAAACGCUACUGGUAUGGGAAAACUCGCAGAUAUCGCGACAAUCCAUAUUCCAGGAAACUACCGAAAAAAUACGACUCUCCUGUUAUAAUACCAAACUGUUGUUCUCCAGUCCGUAUGUUCGCACCGUUGCCUUCCUUAAUUUCCUCCAGUUCGGCAGUAUGCUGGGGUUCAACACGAUGAGACUUUGGGUGCCGCACCUCUUCAUCAUUUUGAACAAUUUCGACGACGAAAAGUGGAACAAAGAUCGAGCGCCGACUAUGCGCGAGAUGCUCGAUCGUCGAAACGCUCUGCCUGCCAGGGACUAUCUAGAUUGCCCGGAAUUCCAGGACAUUUGCAUUACGUGGAAAAUCAACGCGGCAAUAUAUCAAAAUUCUACCCUAAUAGCAUUUACGGCAGUCUUCUUCUCCUUUCUUGCCGGCUUAAUAACCACCUGCAAGUUGCGAAAGAAACUGAUACUGGCUUGUUGCGUUACAGUUGCAGCUUUUCUAAUCUCGGUGGUAAGCAGCUUCGGAAUGAACUGGGCACAGCUUCCACCUUACAUGCUCACCCUCGCUGCUGCCAUCAUCGUGACGACAAGAAUAACGGGUAAUAUCGUUACCGCCGUGAACGUCGACGUUAUCCCGAUACCAUUAAGAUCCACCAGCCUCGCAAUGCUCACCACAGUUGGAAACGUAGCCGCUAUUUUAGGAAAUUUUCUAUUUUCCGCCUUGCUAGACGUCGAGUGUCUGGUCGCGUUCAUGGGAAUGGGUUGUUUGUUGCUCGCCUGCUUCUGCUUGUCUUUCUUUCAACCGAAACCCGUGAGGGAAACUUCGACGCAAGUUCUCCAAGCAUGAAGUGAACCACUAUACGGAUGAUGAACGUUUGUGCCAUUUUGAUCUUUCCACUCUCGAAAUGGAACGAUUGCUGGAAGAAGAGAAGGAAACGCAACAAUACUGUGAUAUCGUUUGGGAAUUAAAACGCUUCUUCUCGUUUUUCGAAGGAUCAAACGGACGGAUCGCUAUAUCAGACAGAACAAGUAGAAAUAUAUUUUUAUAAGCGUUAGAUAAAAAAAAGAAAGGAAAUAUCCUUUCUAUUUCUAUCGUCUAGUCUGACUUUUGAAAAAUUCUAAAUGCCACAUCCUUACUUACAUACAUAUGUGUUUGGCAUCGUUUCAAUCUUAGUUCUCGUUGUCUUUAUUAUCUCCUAUGCCUUAAUCAACAGAACAUACAUGAAAACUAUGCUCAAGUAAGAUUUAAUUAACGCCGAACGUCAAUUUGCGGACGUCAAUAAUGCGAAUAGAAAAACGAAGCUGCUGUGAUAGCCUUAACGUUAUACGUAUAGGAAAACCAUUCUAUCGGAAUCGAAGGUUACGCUGCUUGACGCUCGAUUAAGUUCAUGCAUCGAUAAAAUACAAUAAAACGUUUUUCUACUCGAAUUUCAUUGCAACAGAUAAGCAGGAACAAAGAAAGAGUUGCUCUGUACUAGAUAAAGGAUCCUUCUUUUCUUUCUUCUUUAUGUUCUUCUUUUUCAUCGAUAUUACAUGACUAUCGUUAAUGCAACUUUCAAAUUGGUGUUACAUGUUUGUCAAGUUACAGGCGAGGUAUUAUAUUUUUAAGGUAAUUGCGAUACUGAAUCUUUAUGCGAAAAUAUUUGCUUUUACGUCGCUCGCUUUUAACCACUUAACGUCCAGGCACGUAAUAUUACGUUGACGUGCUUUUAAAUAGGGAUCUUAAGUGGUUAAAGAACUAAAUUGUUUGUAUACUAAAUUAGCGAAAAAUUAUCAUUCUUAUACAUUCAACUGAUUCUUUGAGUGCAUGACCAGAAAUCUGAAAGUUUAGAUUCUCAAUCAAAAUGCUAUAAUUACUUCCUUUUUGUUAUCUACUUAAUUCUGUUACUGUAAAUUGUAAAUUGAAUGAUUCAAAACUGUAAUAACAUUUGAAAAAAUCUUAUCAGAAAAACCGUACACCUUUUAAAAACCGUACCUCUAGUGUUAUCUGGCGACGAACGGCGCAACUAACGAAACAGAAACUUGCUUAUUUUUCCUCUGUAAUAACCGAGUUUUACGAUUUAUUGGGGCGAGUAAGUACUAGAACCUUUUAUGGUCGUAAUGUAACUGAAACGAAGUCACGCGAGUUCGUUUAUAAAGCGUUAAAGUGGAUAAUUUGAAACGUUGCAUUUCGUUGAUUGUGGCGUCAUCGCGGAUUGAUAGUCACGUGCAUAGUUGACGCACUUGGCGCGGUCAUUUAAUUUGCAUAUGUCAUUCAUUCAUUCAUUCAUUCAUCAAUUGUUUAAGUUGAUUACAUCUGUUUCAAGAGAGUUUGCUCUCUUGAGCAUCGCAGAAACGGUACUAUCAAUACCAUCUACUGGUGCUAAAUUAUAACCAGAGAGCAAUCGCUAUUUUAUCGAUAUUGGUACACGAUCGAAGUUGAAAUUCUCCCACCUAAACCUUUAUACGCAAGUAGUGGGCGUGUAUUGUCAUUCUUCAGGCGAGCGCCUCCAACCAAGGUGGCACGAAAGAUCAAUGCUCUAUUGUAUAUACAUACAUAUCAAAUCGAUUUCGUUCAUUUCUUCGGGUUCCGUCAGAUGACACUAGCUGUUUCAUUUUCAAAAUGCUCAUCAAUGUAAAAUUAAAAGACACAGAGAAGAUCAGUUUUUCUUUUAUCCGACAAGA